AUGUAUAGCGAGGGGGAGCGAGUGUCACUAGUCGACCAGCAGUUUCCGGAGGGCGCUGAUGUCGAAGAGGAUGAUCGCGUGCGACACAGUGAGUGCGUGAACAUGAAUGUGGUCGCCCUGCACGACAUGCUGCGGCAGUUGGGCUGUGAGGGCGAUAGCGGCAGCUUCACAUCCUUGUCUGCGUCUUGCCUGCCACCUGAGAUGGUGGACGCACUUCUGCACUACCUGGUGAAGCUGCAGGAAGACGUUCGCAAACUUGAUGCCCGAGCGCAACUUCUUGACGAGCAACGCUCGCGCGACACGCAAAAAGCGGAGCUGCUCAACGAGCGAACAGAGAGGCUGAGGGAUGCAGUGGCCAACAUGUCUGCGAAAAGCUCGGCCGAAAUGAAGGAGUUCCGAGAUUACUUGCAGCAGAAUGCGAGCGCCAAUAAGCAGCGCCAACGCGAACUUGUGGACUUGACCCGCAAGCGCGAGAAGCUGGAGUUAGAGGAGAAGCGUACGCGAAUGGAGAUGGAUCGCCUCCGAAAGAUAGCGAAGCGCGUGCGGUGA